UUUGUGCCCAUCUAGCUACCAACAGCUACCAAGGGGCACCACUGUACCAUACAAAAAUAUUCAGAUAAUUCAAAGUGUUAUUCUGAAUUUUAUACAUCAUCAUGAGUAUUACGGGUUAAAUAAACAUAAUCUUCGAACUUGCAAUUAAACUUUGAGUUAUAUUUUUAUUUACAAUUAUUUUUAUUCUUUAAAGUAAUGACAUCUAUAAAAACGUUGCCUUUAUUAGAAGGCUCAGAUUUAAUCGUCCUUGAUGAAGGAGUGGAUGCAAUGUUUGCAAGAAAAUUAAUUGCAGGAUGGAUAGAAAUGUGGAAGGAUAAAGAUCCUAAUCGUAUCUUUCAUGUGUUAUUGUUUUCUGAUCCAAAAUCUACGUAUCAAAAUGAACCUCAUUCUUUUUCUUCAAAUAGCGUUAUUAUUGAUGACCAUUACACAAUAAAUGUAAAUGAAAUUGAUGUAAAUAAUAUGAAUGAACAUGAUAUUCAUAGUGUUGUAUGUAUUCUGAAAACUAUAGAUACAAAUGCUACAGUGGUCAUUGAUUGUUUGACAUCUUUAAUUUUAUUUAUUGGUCUGUCAAAAGCUUUAUGGUUCUUAAAAGAAUUAAAUAGACAAGUACCACAAAUAAUUUGUAUUUAUAGAAGAGAUUUUGUACAGAAUAAGGUACCAAGCAUUGAAACAUUAGGAAGUACAUAUGUAAAAUUAUUAAAAUCUUCAAAAGGACAGAUAAAUAACAAUUUUAAUUACAUAGCAGAACUUAUGCACCGUAAAAUAGGUGGAGGAAUUUUACAACAGCGUGAAUUAAUUAAUCAGAAUAAUACAACUUAUGAAAUUCAAUCAGAGAAACUUAAAACUCAAAAUAAAAAAUUAGAUUCAAUGCGUAAAGAUCAAAAACAAAAAGUUGAAGCUUCAUUUAGAAUAGAAAUAAAUGAAAAUGAAAUGAAAGAAAGAGAAGAAAUAGUGUUUCCAUAUAUGCUUAACGCGAAUACAACAAACACAUCUAAAAUUCACUAUCAACCAGAAGAUGUAGAUGACUUUGAUGAGGAGGAUCCAGAUGAUGAUUUGUGUAUUUAAGUAAUUUAUAAUUACAUUUUCCCUGCAUAAAUUGGAUAUGAAUAUGAAAUUCAAAAUACAACAUUGAUAUAUUAA